AUGUUCCUGUUUAAAAAGCUCCACAGAACUUAUUGUCAACCCUAUCUCGAGAUUCCAGAGAGGAUUUUAAAGUUUUCCGUCAACCCUGUGACAGAUGACCUCAGACUACCUGCUGUUGGGUACUGUGUAGAUUGUGAAGAGCACCUGUGUGACUCAUGCUUUAAUAACCACAGAAGACCAAAGCCACUUCAGCAUCAUAAACUCCUAGAUAAAGGCCACACACCACUAAUGCAAAGGCAGGUCAUUGACAGCACUGAAUUCAAUGAUACUAUUAAGGAGGCAGGGAAAAUAACUGAAGAAUGUCAGAAGAUAUCAGCUGACGUAAAGCAAGUGGUUGAAAAAUCGAAUGCUUCUUUGACGGAUGUUCUUACAGUAAUAACAAAGUUCAGACAAGAGAUUAACCAGAGAUUAGAUGAGCUUGAGAUGGACGCUAAAGAUGCAGCAACAACUUUACAGCAAGAUAAUGACACAAGAUUGAGGACCACAAAAACAUCAUGUGAUAAUACCAUUCAGACACUAAAAGCAACAUCUGACACGAUAAAACACCUGAAUACAUCAAAGAAAGCAGACCGACUUUUCAUCGAGCUUAAAAAUGCUGAGCAACUGAUCCAAGAUAAUGAAAAUAGAAAGUCACAACUGACAACAGCUGAAUAUAUUAAAGAAUACAUGUUCGAACCAAGUCCAGCCAUUGCAGCCAUUGAAACACUUCUCAAAAAUCAGAAAUCACUAGGCACACUAACAGCUAAACUACAACAGUCAAGCUUGCCACCCACAGCUGCUUUAAAAUUCGGCAAAACAUCUCCUAGAAACAUCAAUGUUAAGACUUCAUCAGAUAAAUGUUGUUGUUACAUAACUGGAAUGACUACCACUUAUUCAAACCAAAUACUUCUUGCAGAUAAUAACAACAACUCAAUUAAAAUGGUAGAUACCAAUAGUCAAUCCAUUCAACAGCUGCGCCUAGGUUCAAAGCCUUUUGAUGUCACAACAAUCACCAGAAACGAACUUGCUGUUACAAUGCCAGAUAUCAAAACAAUACAGUUUUUGUUUUACUCCUCCAACAUACUCUCUGAGAAAAAUUCAAUGAAGGUAGAUGAAAAAUGUUAUGGUAUAAGUAACUAUGAGGGAAAACUUGCUGUAACAUUUCAAGAUCCUGCCCAACUCAAAAUAAUGGACUUGAAAGGCACUGUCCUAGUAAAUGUCACAAAAAAGUCAAGUGGUGUAAAUAUUUUUAGGUACCCACAAUGCGUCACCACAAAUUGCCACUCUAUCUAUGUAUCUGACCCUGGAAUGCGGAAAGUUAUAUGGCUGAACUGGCGAGGGGAACUACUAGGCAGUUAUGAGAAUAUGGGAUUUCCACGAGGACUUGCUAUGCUGACUGAUGGUUCACUUUUUGUGACUGACCAGAUUGAUAACAACAUACUAAAUAUAACUGGUGACUGUCGAGAAAGUACAAUUGCACUGAAGGACUUAAAUAAACCUUGGGCACUUUGUUGGUUUAAUGCAAGUAAAACCCUUUACAGCAGCAAUAUUAGUGUUGAAGAUGAAAGAAACUAUAUUCAGGUGUACAAAAUGAUAUAA